AUGUUCGGCGAAUAUCGGUCCCUCUCUUACUGUCUAGUGGCCAUCUUCGUAGCCACCGAUGCCGAGGGCACCAGAGAGGAAAGCGAUUUAUCUUUUUCGCGUAUAACAGUUCGCGGCGCACGUGGUGGUCAGUGCACCGAUAGCUCGAUAGCAUCUUGCAGUGACUACGUGGCGAACCCUGACGGCAGGGACGAGGAGGAAUUUAUUGUUAACAUUCGUGACCAAGUCAUCAGCGCCAUUAAACUUGAAAUACCUAACCUACUAAAGACUGUCAUAAAAAAUGAACUUGCCCCACUUAGAAACAGUUUCAAUGAGCUCUGCAAGUCUGUCGAUUUUUUAAGUAAUAAAUAUGACGAAUUGUGUAAGUCGGUUGUUACUGUUACUGAAGAGAAUAGUCAAUUGAAAAAAGAUAAUAUCGAACUACAAUCAUCAUUAACACAAAUCUGGUCUCGUGUCAACGACCUUGAACAGCACCUCAGGGAAAACAAUCUGGAGAUUCACGGUGUGCCUGAGAACCGAAGUGAGAACAUACUUACAGUUGUAAAGCAGUGUGCUUCAGCUAUUGGUCACAAAGUCGACGACACUGAUAUCGUGAAUUACACAAGAGUGGCCAAACAAGAUAAGGAGAGCUACGAGACUCGACUUAACGAGUUUGAUUUAUUGACUCUGGAGAGACCUAGAAUCGAAAGAAGUAUAAUGAACAUAUUCGAUGAUGAAAAAACCCGUAAAGGUGCAUUGUGUCGAGAAAAAGAAAGAAUAGGAACAAGGUGGGCUAGGGCAUUACAAGUAGUCACAACUAGUCAUGAGCAAACUAUUAAAAAAGUUGAUGCACCAAGAGGGAACAAAUUUUAUGACAAGCCUGGUGGGACCGAACACAAUGCGAAAAGUGAGAAAAGAAGUGUUGUUAACAAAGAAAAAGAUAAAUUAUGUAUAAAUUGGAAUAAAGCAUCUCAAAAAGUCACAAUUGUUAAAGAGCAAAUUGCUGAAAAAGUAGAUGAACCCGAAACAAGGAACUUGUGUACUAGUGCGAAAAGACCUGUUGGGACAGAAAAUGAUAAACCAACAAAGGGGACUUUGUAUGACAAGUUGAAUAGGUCUGGCCGAUUCGAACAAAAUGUAGAGUGUAAUGAAAGAAACAUCAUUAAAAAAGAAAAAAAAGCAUUGGCAUCUGAGAGGGAUAAGUCUCAAAGAGUCGCAAUUGACGGAGAGCAAAUGACCAGAAAGGAUUAUGAACCGCAAAAAAGGAGUUUGUAUGAUAGGUUGAACCGACCUGGUGGACUCGAAUGUAAUGCAAAAUGUGAACAAAAAAAAGUUAUUAACAAAGAAAAAAAAGGAUUGCCUACAGACUGCGAUAAAGUAUCACGAAAAAUCACAACUGAGAAUGAACGAAUUGCCAGAAAAGUUAAUAAACCGGAAAAGGAGAGUUUGUAUGCCUUGUCGAGAAAUCCUGUUGGGACUGAAAAUAUAGAAUGUGAAGAAAGGAACGUUAUUAACAAAGAAAAAGAAAGAUUAACUACAGAGUGGUAUAGCACAUCCCAAAAAGCCCCAAUUGGCAAUGAGCAAACUGUCAGAAAAUAUGACAAACCGGAAAAAGACAGUUUGUAUGUUAAGUUGAACAGGCCCAGUGAAAUCGAACAUAAUGCAGACUGUGAAGAAAAAUACGUUAUUAACAAAGUAAAAGAAGGAUUAGCACCAGAAAGGGGUGGAACACCCCAAAAAAUCGCAAACAACAGAGAGCCAACGACCAGAAAAGGUUACGAACCGCAAAAAGAGAGUUUGUAUGACAGGUUGAACACGCUUGGAGGAAUUAAAUUUAAAGCAGAAUGUGACGAAAGGAACGACAAAGAAAAUGAAAGAUUAGCGACAGAGAUGGGUAGAGCAUUUCAAAAAAUAGCAAUUGAUAGUGAGCAAACCACCAGAAAAGAUUAUGAACUGCAAAAAGGGAGUUUGUAUGAUAGGUUGAACCGGCCUAGUGAAAUCGAACGUAAUGCAGAAUGUGAAGAAACACACGUCAUAAAUAAAAAAAAAGAAAGAUUGACUACGGAGUGGGAUAGAGCACCCCAAAAAGUUACAAUUGACAACGAGCAAAAUGCCAGAAAAGAUAAUGAACCACAAAAGGUCAGUUUGUACAACAGGUUGAACAGGCCUGUUGGGACCGAAUACUAUGAACCGACCAAGGGGAGUUUAUACGACAAGUUGAACUGGCCCAGUCCAAUGGAACAUAAUACAGAUUGUGAAGAAAGGAACUUUGUUAACCAAGAAAAAGAAGUAUUAACGACAGAGGAGUGUGGAGCAUUCCAAAAAGUCUCAAUGGACAGUGAGCAAACUACCGAAAAAGAUAAUGAACCGAAAAAAGGUAGUUUGUAUGCCAGGUUGAACAGACUUGUUGGAACCGAAUAUAAUGAACCAACAAAGGGGAGUUUGUAUAUCAAGUUGAACAGUCUUGGUGGAGUCGAAUAUGAUACAGAAUGUCAACAAAAAAUUGCUAUUGACAAAGAAAAAGGAAGAUUAACUCCUGAGAAGGAUAGAGCAUUUCAAAAAGUCACCAUUGACAACGAGCAACCGACUGGAAAAGAUCGUGAACCAGAAAAGGGUAGUUUGUGUGCCAGGUUGAACAGGCCUGUUGAUACAGAAUAUAAUGAACUAACCAAGGAAAGUUUGUAUGACAAGUUGAAUACGCCUGUUGGUACCGAAUAUAAUGAACCAACGAAGGAAAGUUUGUGUGACAAGUUGGCCAGGCCUGGUGGAAUGGAAUACAAUGCAAAACAAGAGUUGUAUAAAGCACCCCAAACAGUCACCAUUGACAAUGAGCAACCGACGAGAAAAGAUAAUGAACCGGAUAGAAUAAUCGAACCUAGUGCAUUCGAUAAUGCAGAACAUGAAGAAAAAAACAUUAUCAACAAAGAGAAAGAAGGAAUAGCUACAGAGUGGGACAGUGUAUCCCAAGAAGUUGCAAUUGACAACAAGGAAACUGCCGAAGAAGAAGAAGAAGAUAAUGAGUUGGAAGAGGGGCGUUUGUAUACCUGGACGGAAAGUCCUCGUAAGACCAAAUAUCAUGACCGAACUUCCGUAAAUUUAUAUGACAGGUUGAACAAGAUUGGUGGAGUCAAAUAUGAUGAACAACAAAGGAUGAGAUUGAUGAUGAGCGGGACCGAAACCGAGACCGAGACCGAGACCAAGUAUGAUGAAGCGAAGAGAAGGAAAAAAAGUUUUUUUGGCAGGGCAUUAGAAGAAAAGAAUAAAAAAAAAAAAGCAAAAGAAGUAUUACCCCCAAAGGAGGUUAUUCCAUCCCAGAAAGUCACAAUUGACAAACAAGAAAAAGUAAAAUUGGAUGCCAAGUUGAACAAGCUUGAUGGGCAUGAAUAUAGUGAGGAAAAAUCGAAUACAAUAACAAUUAGGGCCAAGUCAUUCGAAAUAUCCGCAACUGAAAUGUUGAAGAUACAGACUGAGGCCGAAAAGGAGGAAGAGUUUGAAAAAAAAUUGGAAAUAAAAAUUGAAGAAAAGAGUUUGAAAGGGCCUGAUGAGACCGAUUAUGAUGCAAAGAAAAAGCAAACAAAGGAUGUACAAAAAAACAUUCGUAUGAAUGCCAAGAACUUGUUUAAAGGGGUAACAUAUAGUGACGAAAAAUCAAAUAUGACAACAAUUAGGGCUAAGUCAUUCGAAAUGUCCACAAUUGAUAUGAAAACAAUGAAGGAAAUGAUGGAAGAAAUGAAAAAGAAAAGGAAGGGAAAGAUGAAGAAAGAGACUGAGAGUGAGGAGAAGGAAGGGUUGGAAGAAGAAAUGGAAGUAAAAAUUAUAGAAAGGAUAGAGAAUGAAUCGGAAGAAGAAAUGGAGAAGAAAAUAGAGAAAAAGAUGGAAGUAUGGAUGGAGGAUUCGGCGGACAACAUUUAUAAAGGGACUUCAUCUCUGGGUAGAGAAAAGGGAAUGAUGAAGGGAAAAAAGGAAGGAAAUACGAAGGAAAUGUUAAAAGGAGAGAUGGCGGGCGACAGAAUUAAAAAGAUGAAAGGAGAAAAGAAAGGAACGAUGAAGAAGAAAAAGGAGGGUAAGAUAAAGGGAAAGACGAAUGAAAAGGUACCCAAAAAGACAAAACAAAAAGGUAAAGACACCAUAAAAAUGUCUCAAAAAAUAAAGAAUCGUUUAAAAGAAACUAUGGAGUCAGAAUUUGUUGAAAAUAUACAAGAAAAGAAAAGGCGAAGAAAAGUUGUCAAGGUAAUUAAUAAGCAAAAAGCAGUAGAGCAAAAAGAACUAAAACAAACCUUGCGUUCAUUAAAAAGACAAGAGAAAAACGUUAAAAAAAAGAUAAAACAAUUGAAACAACGCAGAGCUAGAGAAAAAUUAAUGGCGAAUAUAAAAACCAAAACGAAACGGAAAUGCAAUAAGUGCAAACGAGGAAUCGUCGGAAUACCAAAAAAGAUAAAACAAAUAAAGCCGAAAGAAGUUGUAAAAACGAUGAAGAAAAUGACACCUAAUCAAAUCAGAAACCAUAUAAUAGCUAAAACAAUGAAGAAAGUAGAUACGUUCAAACAGUACGCACUCCGUAAGACGAAGGAACUCGAGAAGCAGUUACCAG